UCAGCCAGGUGUGUUCCUCCUCCACUUCUGGUUUGCUUUGGUCUUUUCACUUCCUUCUCAUUCUCCUCCCCGCCAUAAAGUCGAAAGAGGGCAAAAGUCAACGGCAGAAGCCUUUCCUUUCCAGAAACGUCAGACAGGUAUAUCUUGACAAGAGCAGCAACCAUGGCCACCUUGUACCCAUCGCUGGAGGACAUGAAGGUGGACCAAGUCCUCAAGGGCCAGCAUUUCGUGGCUCCGAAGGAGAAUCUUCCGGCACCGACCCCUGCUGUGAUCGCACCAUCAGCUCCCAUGAUGAUAGAAACUCCCAAGCCAGCAGCUCACCCACCGAUCUUGUAUCCAAACCUUGCCGAGCUCAAUGACUACAUGGGCCUCUCGCUUUCUAGUGAAGAAGUUCAGAGGAACUUGGGACUCGUCCCAGCGGGCAGCAGCGCGGCAGUCCCGGCGUCCUCUGGGCCAGGGAUGAUGGUGGCUCCAGUGACUGGAAGCAACCUGGGAAUGCACCGAGCGGAGAUCAAGCCAGGACUAAGGGAAGUCCAUCUUUGCAAGGAUGAGCGUGGGAAGACAGGGCUGAAGCUGAGGAACAUUGACAAGGGCUUGUUUGUGCAGCUGGUGAAGGCCAACUCCCCGGCUUCUCUGGUGGGGCUGCGCUUUGGGGACCAGAUCCUACAAAUCGAUGGGAAAGAUUGUGCUGGAUGGAACACGGAGAAGGCCAAGCGUGCGCUGAAGAAGGCCUCCCCAGAGAAGAUCGUCAUGGUGGUUCGCGACAGACCCUUCCAGCGGACGGUGACGAUGCACAAGGACAGCACUGGCCACGUGGGCUUUGUGGUCAAAAAGGGACAGAUUAAGUCGCUGGUCAAAGGCAGUUCUGCCGCCCGGAAUGGACUCCUCAUCAACCAUUACAUCUGUGAAGUCAAUGGGCAGAACGUCAUCGGCCUGAAGGACAAGGAGGUCACAGAUAUUUUGACCAAUGCAGGCAACAUCAUCACUCUCACUAUCGUCCCGGCAGUGAUCUAUGAGCACAUGAUCAAAAAGCUUUCAAGUGGAUUAAUGAAAUCUUCCAUGGAUCAUUCAGUCCCUGAUGUUUAAAGUACCAGAAGACCUCUCCUUUUUUCCAAUAUCCUCUUUCUCCUGGCACAUAAUUCACGACAGACUCCAUCAGAAGGACUCUUGCAACUUUUCUCUCUUUUCUCUAUUGGGAAGUGAAGGAAGGCAAAAUGAUUCCGGCUUAAAUCGUUGACUAAUCUGUUGACCAUAAUGGAUUGGCAGUUUAUACCUGUUUGAAGUUUGCCCAUGCCUGAUCUAUAUCAUAUUUGAAGAUCUUAUCAUGUCUUCCCUUCCAAGACUUAGCAACGUGAAAUUUAAUAUGGGACAUUUAUCUCUGGGUGCAUCUACACUGCACAACGAAUAUAGCUUGACACCACUUUAGCCACCAAAGCUUAAUUCCAUGAAAUACUGAGAUUUGUAUGGUCACCAGCACUCUUUGGAGAUAAGGGCUUGUGAAACUACAGCUCCCAUAAUCCCAUAGUAGGAGCCCCUGGUGGUGCAGUGGGUUAAACCCCUGUGCCGGCAGGACUGAAGACCGACAGGUUGCAGGUUCGAAUCCGGGGUGCUGGUACGGCUGUACCAGGAGCUUCAGCUUCAUUUUCUUUCUAUUGAGUGUUUGCAUAUAUUCCAAGGUUCCAUGCAUUUUGCAGUAAGGUGGCUUCCCUUGGUUUGCAAUUAUAGGGCCAAUGACCUGUCUAUCAUUGUUAAGUUUUGGUUCCGCCCCUUU